AUGUCUGAAUCUGUGAUAAUCGAGGCGCCUCCUGCGACGGAAACUGCCCCUGUCAAGGGCAUGAAGAAGAACGGCAAGCAAUGGCACGACAACAAGGGCCCCUUCCGACCAAAGGCUGGCCAGACCUCAUGGGAGAAGCGCAGUGAGGAGAGGAAAGCGCUCGCUGCUGUCAAGGCGAAGGAGAAGGAGCUGAAGGACGAGAAGGAGUCUGAGAGACAGCGUCGAGUUGAAGCCAUCAAGACCAAGCGCGCCGCCAAAGCAGAACGAGAACGAUUUGCCCAGAUGGAGGAGAAGAUGCACAAGAAGCGCGUCGAGCGCCUGAAGAGGAGGGAGAAGCGCAACAAGAUGCUGAAGUCAUGA